GCAGCAUCAGCAACAUGCACAAAGAGAACGGAGAGCUCGCGCGCUAGGCGUUAACGGGAGAUACCCGAGUCUCGCGGGACACAAUAAACAAUCGGCUUGAUUGGCGUUAUAAUACACACAGGCAGUUGCCGCUGGACUGUGGAUGGGGAAUUGUUCAUCUCAGUAACUUCUAUAAUAUCAACAACAACAACAACAAAAUCUUUUCCAGGACUGUUUCAUUGCUGAUGAUUCCCAAACAAAAACAGAAGCCUCAUUUGACAAAGGCGCUCGGCGAUUGUAAGGCCAGGGGCGGAAGCUCGAACCCAUGUUCCCUAAGGUUUUCCUGUGGUGGUGGGCAGCGCUUUCCUCGCGCGCGGCUGAUCUAGACCGGCGACGCCAGGGCAAAUUCCAGCCAUUCCAACGCCUUUUUGGAAGGAGAAGAAGGCGAGAGACAGAGCGAGGCUUUGAGGAAGCCGAACUCAAACCCCGUCGCGCCACUGCUGAUGUGUGCAAUGGGGAGGGCCCAGGCCACGAGGAGACCAAUCAGGAUCUAAGAGAGCUGAAUCCCCUGGGGUCUCGAGCCUUUUCACACGAGAGCGUCUUUAUCCCUGAGGACUCUGGAGAGAAACCGUGUGCAGAGCAGACCAUGUCUCAGGAGAACGUCUCGGACAAAGUCAGAAACCUACAAAGGCAGAUAGGGCUCAACAUUAAGUUCGGUCAGAAACCCCCCUCGUUGAGGAAGAGUGAGGGAGAUGAAGGUAGCUCAGAUGAAGAAGAGGUACCGAGAAGUCCAAUGCAAGUACUGGCACAGGUGGAGUCAGAGCCGCGGGAUGCUGAGACCACAGAGAAGCUGUCACCUGCUACACAUGAUGUGACUCAGCACAGGCCUCCUUUGAAAUCCCCUCGCACCAAGCGUCCCCCACCUCCUGGCACGAUUGAGUCGAUCAACCUGGACGCCGUUCCCCAGUCAGUACCCCGCUUGGACAACACUGCUGCCAAACACAAACUGGCUGUGAAACCCAAACACCAACGAGUGUCUCGCAAGCACCGCAGGUUCACACAGGAGCUUCAUGAGAUGGAUAUUUUAGCAGUACUACAGGAAGGGACAGAUGUUCAGAAAUUUGCAGAAGAAUCAGGAGUAUGCAGAGAAGACUAUGCAAGAAGUCAUACCAGAGAUGAUCACGAGCCCCCUGAAAAAUCCAAGAAGCAGCGGCUUCAAGAAGAGGAGCUGGAAUGCCUGGAACUUCAGAGAAAGCUGGAUCAAGAAGAGCACAGAAGGAGAGAAGAAGAAAAGAGAGCCGAGGAAAUGAGGCUGGAGGAAAGGAGAAGGCUCAUGGCACAAGAAGAAGAACGUCUCCAAAAGGAGGAAGAGAGAAGAAAGAAAGAAGAGGAGAGGAAAAGGAGGGAGGAAGAGCAACAAUUGAGAGAGGAGGAAGAGAGGAAGAGACACAAGGAAGAAGAAAGCAAGAAGAGAGAACAAGAGGAGAAAAGGAGGCUGCAGGAAUUUGAAGCAGAAUGCCUUCAUUCGGAGGAGAAAAAGAGAAAGAGAGAGGCAGAGGAGGAGAGGAGGAAGCAGGAAGAAGCAGAAAAACGAAGGCUUUGGGAGUUAGAGGAGAAAUGGAGGAGAGAAGAGGAGGCGCGCCUUUGUGAGCAACGAAGACGGCAACAGGAAGAGGAGGAGGCUCAGAAGAAAAGACUGGCUGAGGAAAAGAAAAGGAAGGAAGAGGAGGACAGAAAGAAAAAUCAAGAGGAAGAGAGAGCAAGUGAGGAGCAGACCAGAGCUUCCGAUCUCGAGUGGAAGAGAAAAGCAGAAGAGCUGCGAUGGAGGGAGAUGGAAGAGGGACAAAGACCCUUCACCUUCAAAGUGACCUCAGGAGAGAAACAAAUCCUUUUCCAGAAGGUCAACCUCUCACCAGUCACCCCAAUGCCUGGCCAGCAGGAUGACACAACUGCUGAACCCAGGGAAGGUACAACAGGAGGUCCUGAUUCACCAGCAUUAUCUUCAUCCCUGUAUGUCCCUCACACUGCUAUAUUAGUGACUGGUGCCCAGCUCUGUGGGACAGCAGUAAAUCUGGAUCAGAUAAAGGACACAGCCUGCAAAUCUUUGCUUGGUCUGUCUGAAGACAAAAAAGCCAUGGACAUACCAUUAUUAAAGUGCAAGACAUCACCAGACAGCAAAUUUGGGAAAACAAAAUCUCUUCAUGAAGCCUCUUUAUCUGCAGACCAGUCUAGUGCUGCGGUACUUGCAGAGUGGGCCAGUAUUCGAUCCAAGAUAUUUAAAGGUGCAGAAGAUGGAAAAUACCAGGAAUAUUCAGAUGAGAACUACAAGCAGGCACAAGGUCAAACCACAAGUGAGGACAAGAGUCUGCCACCUUUCUCUCACACCUCUCUCAGAAAGACAAUGUCAGCUAGCGCAAAGUUUUCCAUCACUCCAGCCAGAAAGAAAUUUCCUGACUCAAAUAGGAAUUCUGAGGUCUUUGGUCAAGAUGACAGACAGGGAGGAAAGGUGGAAUCGCCAUCUACUGAUUCGGCUCCCAGACUGCCUGUUCUGUCAAUAGCAACUAACAAAGCUCAAAACAAGGGACUAAAGGCGAUUCGCAUCUCAGAUAGUUCCGAAGAAUGCAAGUUUGCCAAAGACCUUCCUUCUUUUCUGGUUCCGAGUAUGUCGCCUGGAUCCCCCAAAUCCCAGAAGUUGGAGACAGCGUCCCUUAGCCAGGUGGAAAGUGAGGUCUUGUAUACAAAUGAUGAUGGGGGUCAGAGGGACCAGAGUAGUGAUGAAAGACCCUCACCCUUUGGUAUUAAGCUUAGGAGGACCAACUACUCCCUUCGCUUCCAUAGCGAGCAAUCCACAGAGAAGAGAAAGAAAAGGUACAGUGCAGGUGACAGUUUUGACGGGGUUCCAGUGCCUCUUACCUCUACUGAUCAAGACCCAGACACCUCAGUAUUCUCUGAGAAGACCAGCCCCAUAUCUCCGCUUCAAGAUAGUUCUGGAGUCAAACUCCAAUCAGUUUCUAGUGCUGAAUCAAGAUCCAAGACAGGCAGAAAUAGCCUCUCUUCAGUCUGUAAUGAAAGUGAAAAACCUAUCCUCAAGCCUCCUCUCUACCAAAAACCUGCCACAUCUCCCAAACCUUCUGAAGGUGCUACACCUCCACCUUCUCCACUGCCUAAACCUGGGAGAAGGACAUCGGGGGACCAGAGGACUGGAGGUCCAGAUUUGGCAUCUGGUGAAGAGUGUGGUGAACAAAAAGAAGUCCCCUCAGAAUCAGUGCAGAGCCAGAGGAACAGUCAAGGGGAUGAUGAGCCAAAAGAGAAGAAGUCCUUCUUUCCAUCUAUCAGCAUUCCAUGGAGGGAGAAAACCGAUCGGAGAACUGAGCUCAUUCGGAGAGAAAAGCCCUCUCUUCAGAGUAGGCAUUCCCUGGAUAGCUCCCGGGCACAGGAGAAAGAGGCAGGACCACUGUGGAUCACCCUGGCCUUGCAGAAACAGAAGGGAUUCAGAGAACAGCAGCAGAGCCGUGAGGAAAGGAGGAUCCAGAGAGAAGCCAAGCUGGCUGAGAAACAGGCCAGAGAGAAAGAGACUAUGGGAUUGAUCAGCCCUAUGGAGGGUAAGGGAAACUCUAGUCUACCCAAGCCACACACUCCGGAGGAGAACAAGAGACCAGACAGUUUAUUCGUCCGCUUUGAGCGUAGGGAGAACUUAAAGAAAGCCAAUACCCUGCCUAAUUCAGUCACAGUUGAGAUAGCAGAUUCUACCCCCUCACCUCCCGCAGCAAAGGAUAUAACCAAGCGCUUCCCACCAGGUGACAAUGCCCAGGUUUCCACAGAACCUGCAUGGCUUGCACUGGCCAAGCGCAAGGCCAAAGCAUGGAGUGACUGCCCACAGAUCAUCAAGUGACAUUUCACCUCUGACUUCCAGAGCAGAGUAAAUAAGCUCCCAGUCCUCUUCAUCAUUUACUGGGUAUCACUUCAUCCCACUCAUGACGCCUCUGGCAAACUUUGUCAAAAAUCCAUUUGCAAAAUUUUUACCUCAGCUGUUAUCAUUCCAACAGAAUGGGUAGCAGGCAGUAUUCAUUUACCAAGGACUGGAAUUCUUGUCAUAAGAGCUACAAUGGUCUCCAGCUGUACUGAUGCUGUUGCCCAGGUAUGCAGACGUACUGUACCUGAUUCUUGAUUUUAAAGGACAUCAAUUGUGAAAAUGUCUCCUCUUCCAAAAGCCAUUCCUUGCCCUUGUUCAUAUUUGACAGACAUGCUGAGACAUUCAUUUAGGAAAAUCCUUUUAUCCAUCUUACAGCCAAUCAGACAGGUCCUCAAACUUACAGCUAUCACUUAUUACCCCCGAAUCCUUUUAGCCAAUCAAAGCCCGGCAGACCUGUUGAUAGCAAAUCACUUGCGUUAAUACAUAACGCAUGCCUAGUAAACAAGUAUAUAUUACUAAGACAAGUGGUUCAUAUUUCUGUAAUAUUUUCAGGCAUGUAACACAAUGAUAGUUGGAAAGUAUUUCAGAAAGUGACUCAAGGGCUAAAGAAUUACACAGUAGUUAACAAACUUCUCACUUCACCACCACUUAUAAAUAACAAGCAUGAACGUGAGAACAACAAAAAAAUUAUUUUGUACUUUUUUUUUUAACGUUUAGACAUGUUCCCAAUAUAUUUGAACAUGUAUUCAAUCAGUUGUUUAACACCACUUGUCCAAUACGGGGCAUUUUAUUUCUUUUUUUAAUUUGAUAUCUUGGCAAAGUGCAAAGAUUUUCACUGUGUCUGUGACAACUGACUGCUGUCAUUUUAGCUUUUGCUGAAAUUCUCAACAAUGACAUAGUCACUGUGUUUACUUAUGUAAAUAAUUAACAUAGAAUCUGUCCUAAUGGCGUUUCCAUGUUAAGGCACUGCACUAAAAACCAUGCUGUUGGUUGAUGAACUUUCUGCUUCCUAUACAGUGUUUAUUGCCUCCGGUUUCCUUAAAUAUAGUUCCCUGGGAACACAGACUGCUUGCUCACUGUAAUAGAAACACCAUUUUGCUGUCGUAGCGUGUGCUAGCUGUUCCUGUGCCGCAAAUCAAGAGACUCAAACGGGGCAAAGCAGUGGACUGAAGCGCAAAAAAAAAGAAAGAAUAUAAACAAAUAAUAAUAAAACCCACCACUAGGGGCAGUGUGAAUACAGACAUGUUUCUGCAGAAGGACGGAGCAUUUUUGCGUUCUUUCUGCAUUGUUCUUGUAAGCGCUUUCGACCAACAGGAAGCACUGAUGUCUCAGCACAUUCCGUCCCGCACUUAACGUAACAUUUUGUAUGUAUGUACAGAGGUGAUAUGAACAGGACUGUGUUCUAUUGGAGCCCCUGAACUGCAGCCGCUUUGUCACUUUGUUCGUGUGCAAUAGUGUAGCGUAAACAGUGUUGUAUGUGACAUAAAAUAAAAGCGGUUUGUCAGUAAUUGCACUUUUUGUGUUCCACUUAGAAGUACUCAUGAGAAAAUUCUUAAGUAAUGCAAAUGUUAUGAAUUAUGUAGAAAGGUAUUAAAGGCAGAUGUUUGAACUCUC